AUGAGCAGACCCAUCACAUCUGUCGGCUCCCUGCCAAUAGAAGAAUCAUUUGCCGACACGCCAUUAUUCCGAAGUUCGCUGCACCAGGCCGAGUCUCAUGCCUUAAAUCUGGAUGCUUCAAUCAAGAAUAUGAUUCAAUUGCAGACUGAAAUGUCGUCGGCAAUGGAAGUAUACGCUGACAAGCAAAUACAGUUUGCUGAGGAGCUGAAAUCGUUCGCGUCGCCUCAGGAUGAUAUGAUUUUAACUGCAAUUGAUCAAUUCUCGUCGGUGCUUAAGGAUAUUGAACGUUCCAGGAGUCUUAUGAACAUGCACAUACGUGACGUGUUUACAACUCCAUUCAGUCAAUUUCAGUCCAAAGAGUUACAGCCAAUAAGGAACCUCUCUCGUGGCUGGGCAGAUGCUAAUGCUAGCUACGACAGCUCGAUGAACAAAUACCUGUCAAAGAAACCCAAGGACCCCGGAAUAGAUGAAUGUGCAGACGAAGCUGCCAAGGAUCGUAAAUUUUUGCAUCGAAAGGGCGUUGAAUAUUGUCUGAAACUGCAGGAUAUGGAUAAGAGGAGGAAGUUUGAGCUGGUUGAGAAUGUUGUCGCAUUAAUUUAUACUCUGAAUGCAUUCUUUCAUACUGGAUUUGCUCUUUUGAAGGAUUUGGAGCCUACUAUGCGUGAAUUGACUGAUUAUUUGUACAAGAUGAGAACAGACCACCAAAACAUAUCAGACACAGUCGACAGCAGCACAUUCCUUAACACAUUCACCCAAUCCGCUGACGGUGCCGAUUUAUAUAAUCCCGCAAAACCAAUAAUACCAGCUGGAUCACCACCGCGUCAUCGUGAUUCUGCUCCUUCGAAGCAAGGGUGGUUGCAUAUGGUCAAGACUUUAGGAAGGAAUAAUAAUAAGACGAGUUGGGUUAGGCGGUAUUUUGAAUUGAAGGAUGAUACGUUGUCGUAUUAUGAGGAUAUUCGAGAGACACAGAAGAGUAUGAUUGAUUUGAGGAUUUGUAUGAUUCGAGAUGCCUUUGUUGGAGAGAGGAGGUUUUGUUUUGAGAUUGUUAGUCCUUCAAAAACAUACACGCUACAGGCAUACAACGAAUACGACUGCAAAGAGUGGAUAACGUUACUGCAAAGUUCUGUGUCUCGUGCCCUUCACUCAAACGCUGGCUCGAAUUCUUCACUCAAUACCGUGAUUGCUACCGUCGAUGGAACAACUCAACCCGCUGAUACAGCUCCUGAUGCUAGUAGACAAUUGCGGGAUGUUCCUGGAAACGACCAAUGUGCCGAUUGUGGUGCUCCAGAGGUCGAAUGGGUAUCAUGUAAUCUUGGAACAUUGGUCUGUAUCAAUUGCAGUGGAAUUCAUAGAGGUCUUGGAAGGCAUAUUUCAAAAGUGCGAUCCUUGCUGUUUGAUCGAUGGGAGCCUGAACUUAUCAAUAUGCUGAAAGCACUUGGAAAUCAACGAGUGAAUAGAAUAUUCGAAGAUCGACUGAUACGAGGAAAAGCAUUCUCAAUCACGAAACCAACACCAGAUUCUGAUCGCGUACUCAAGGAAAAGUAUAUUUCCAUGAAGUAUGUUGGAAAGGAGAUGGUUUGGCAACCUGAAACUGGAAGUGAGCUUGUUCUUGCUCAAGCAGUUCGAAAUGGAGAUUUGCCCAAAGCUUUGCAUUGUUUGGUGCUCAAUGCUGAUAUCAAUGAGCUCGACUUGUAUGGAAACACACCACUCCAUUAUGCAGUCAAACAGAAUGAUACCAGUAUGGUCGAGUUUCUGUUACAAUGGAGAGCGGAUGUGAAUGUGCAGGAUCAGGCCAAAAUGACUCCUCUGCAUAUUGCUACUGUGACUGGAAAUAUGUCGCUUGUUUCUCAACUCUUGAAACGAGGAGCUCGACCAAAUGACAAAGAUGCAGAGGGAAAGACUCCCCUUGAUUAUGCAUUAGAUCGUAGUGGUGAUGGUGAUAGUUUUGUGAAGAUUGUGACCAUCUUACGUCUAACCAUAUUCGAAACUGAAGAACAACAACUUUCCGUCGUAUCAAAGGACAAGUACGGCAUGAGUGAAGCCAUGGAGAACCUGUCCACCAGUGGAUCCCCAUCUCGUGAUUCCUCUUCACCAAACAUGAACAGCAACAACGCCUACAACAUCAACAACAACAGCAUCAUGAACAAUAACAAUAGUAUUACCAGUAACAUGUCCAUAUCGUCUUCAUCGCCGUCACCAAGGCCUGGAAUACCACCUAGGAUGAAUUCUUUUGGACUUGAUGAGCAAGAUACUUCAGCAGUUUGGGGUGAUUCGAGGAGUAAUAUGUCGUCACCGUUAAGGAGUAGUACAUUGUCGCCUCCUCCGUCUAUGAUGACUGCUGCUCAUAAGAAAGUGAAUCCUGAACAAUAG